AUGCCUCUCACCUUCGGCGCCGUCGGAGACGUCAUUGCCGUGGCCCUCCUCGUAAAAGAUAUCCUCAAUGCGCUGGACUCAAGUCGCGGGGCCGCUUCUGAAUACCGAGAGCUCAAAAGAGAACUAUAUAUCCUCGAGCGAGUGCUUCUUGAGGUGGAGCAUCUAUUCCGCGAAUGCGACAAUACACCUGAGCUAGCGCAGACCUGUGAAACAGCAACCCGCUGCAUCGCAGACUGUCGGACAGCUGUUGGAGACUUCCUCAACAAGAUAAACAAGUAUGGGAAGACGUUGGCGAAGGGCUCAACCUCGAACGCUGUCAGCAAAACAGCCAUGAAGCUCCGUUGGACGCUGCUGGAUAAGGACGAAGCCUUCCGGUUUCGCGGGGAGAUCAUGGCGCAUACGGAUUUCCUGAAUAUGCUCCUGCACUCCGCCAAUUUCAAGCUCAUGCAGCUUCACCAACAACGAAUGACUACCUCACUGUCCCAGACUUCAACAAUGACGUUGGACCUCCUUGUGAACCAGGGCGCCACGCUCAUCGAGAUACGAGACCGGCUGGAAGAGAAGAACACUAUCAUGUGCGCGCAAGAAGCAUCGCUAGCCCGCAUACAAGAUCAGCUCGAGGAGACCCACAUGCUCAUCAGUCACCAAAGCAUCUACCUGAAUGACAUUCGGAGGUGUCUACGGAUCGAUCAGUUCAUGACGGGCAAAAUUCUCUCUCUAGCAAGGAAGCUCUACCACAGUCUACUCCGUGGCAUUCUACCCCAUAUCUUCUGCGGACUAGACAUUGUCCUUGCUCAGUCCUGUGGCGUCGCCGUCUACGAUGAAGCUUCCACUCCUAACGGGGACCCGACGUUUAUCGUAUUAGGCAUCGAAUUGGGAAUGGAUGCCUAUGUCGCGCUUUACCGCGCAGGAUCUUGGACUCUGAUAUCCCUGCUAGGCAACUCGACCGAGCUCCCGUUACACCCGUUCACUCCCAACAUGUUGAUUGCUGGAUACCUCCACAACGCUCUUGUUAGGUUCUUCCACCGGUUUGACUUUGUUGAGAUGACGUUUGAUAUCCACCAGUAUGAGACGACCUCAUCCAUGUCUGCGGAUGGAAAGGAACCGUUGAUAUACGUAGUGGUAUCGGUGGCAUAUGGGUGCCUGGGGUACCGCCCAUCUGCGUCUCCAAAGGAAUGUCCGAUUGAUUACUUCACGAUGUACCAAGGGCCACAUGGCGCAUCAUGGACGGUUUCCUUUCCGGCGGCCACCGUGAAUUGGACUGCACAGAUCAUAAGAGCCGUAUUCGUAAUUUUACUCAAUCGCGAUGAAUACAACGAGUACUGGGCAGACUGGACGCCCAGCUGA